UGUUGACAUUAUGCCAAGCACUUGUUAGUGAAUAUGGUUAUUUGCAUAGGCGAUAUUCAAUGGACUGUAAGGGAAUGGAAGCGUUUCCGAUGGAGUAUCCUUAAUGGCAGAGAGAGUAGGAAGGAUGGAAAGGAAUGUGGAGUUAUGUAUUUGUUUUCCGUAACGACUGACGCUUUGUUCACAAUGACAGUCAUUGCAUUUUGGUACACCAGAAGUACAUUAAUUUCCAAUGAAAUGCCGUGUGUACCUCACAGCAUUGUGUUGCAGUGCGUUCUGUGUCGUGCGUACGUUGGAUUUGUCGAAUUUAUGCGUUAAACCGUAUUCGUAUACGGCUUGACAGAAAUAGCAGCAGAAGGACAGCUAACCUGUCAUAGUGGUCAUCAUGGAUCUAUAUGACCCUCAGACACUUGGCAUCAUGGUAUUUGGAGGCUUCAUGGUCAUCUCAGCCCUCGGUAUCGUUCUGGUCUCCACCUUCUCCAUGAAGGAGACCUCCUAUGAGGAGGCCUUGGCCAAGCAGCGCAGAGAGCAGGGUAAGAUGGCGCCGCUGGGACAGCUGACCAAGAAGGACAAGAAGAAGGAGAAGGCGUCUGAGAAGAAGAACCGGGGUAAGAAGGAACCCAAUGGGAAGCUUCCAGAAUUAGACCUAGAGGAUAUCACAGUGGCCGAGCCUGAACUAGCUCCAGAACCAGUUUCUGCCCCCAAACCUGCCCCUAAGCCUACCCCUACCCCUGCUCCUGAACCAACCCCUGCUCCCAAACCUGCCCCUGAACCUACCUCUACCCCUGCUCCUGAACCAACCCCUGCUCCAGCUCCCCCCUGCUGUAGAGGCCUCCCCUGCUCCAAAGAAGAAGAAGAAAGAGAAGAAGAUGAUGGCUAAGGUUGAGCCAGCACUGGCUGCUCCUGCCCCAGCCCCCAUGGCCCCCUCCA